ACCACACAAAACGCUGAGAAUCUUAGGACCUAAAAGGAUGUUAGACCAGGGAGCUCAAAUGCUCUCCGACCACGGCUUCUCUACGGGGGACUUUUGGUUUGACUGCUACCAGGCACCGGGGGAAUCCCCGUCUUGGGGGCUGCGGCCAGCGGUCUGUCGCGCGUGCUUGUUUGCCAAAGGAGCUGCCCCUGGGAGAAGACCUACAGAAGAGUUGUUUCCCCAGGGCAUACCUGCAGCCCAGCCCAGGGGCUCGGGCGGCCUGGAUGCGCAGGACCCAGCCCCGCAGCCGCUGACGCCGGGCGGCGGCGAAGUUUGGCUGCUGAGCGGCGCGGCGCAGGGCCACUGGACAGCGGGCACCCCAGCGGCCGCGGCGGCUGGAGGGAUGCCGGUGGGGGGCCUGUUGCCGCUCUUUAGCAGCCCGGCGGGCGGCGGCCUGGGCGGGGGGCUCGGCGGCGGCGGCAGCGGCGGCAGGAAGGGAUCCGGCCCCGCCGCCUUUCGCCUGACAGAGAAGUUCGUGCUGCUGUUGGUGUUCAGCGCCUUCAUCACGCUCUGCUUCGGGGCGAUCUUCUUCCUGCCCGACUCCUCCAAGCUGCUCAGCGGGGUCCUGUUCCACUCCAGCCCCGCCCUGCAGUCGGCCGCCGACCAUAAGUCCGGGCCCGGGGCGCGCGCCGAGGACGCGGCAGAUGGGCGAGCCAGGCGUGGCGAGGAGGGCGCGCCCGGGGACCCGGGGGCCGCCCUGGAGGAUAACUUGGCCAGGAUCCGCGAAAACCACGAGCGGGCUCUCAGGGAAGCCAAGGAGACCCUGCAGAAGCUGCCCGAGGAGAUUCAAAGAGAUAUCCUGCUGGAGAAGGAGAAGGUGGCCCAGGACCAGCUGCGUGACAAGGCGGUGUUCCGGAGGCUGCCCCCGGUGGACUUCGUGCCCCCAAUCGGGGCGGUUGGCCGGGAACCGGCCGACGCCGCCAUCCGCGAGAAGAGGGCAAAGAUCAAAGAGGUGAGUGCACCGUUCUGGUAACCCCCUCCUGCCCGGCAGCGUUUUUUUCUGGGAAAAAGACAAACCUUUGAAACUCUAAAGACUAUAGCAUUACAAUGUAAGGGGACGGGGACGUAGAGCUUUUUCGCUUCCAGCAGGUACUGUGUCAAAGGUUCUUUCGUUUUCCUUUUUUUUUUUUUUUUCUUACUGUCACAGUAUUUGUAGCCAAUUAAGAUCUGAGGUUGAAUCCCGUUGCUUUUAAUUUGCGUGCUCUGGUAAGCGUAAACCACGUGAGGUAGGCAUUAAAUACAAGGGCAGGUGAGGUGGUAUGCAAACCUCCUCUUUCACUGGCCCAUACAUGGCUAAUAGUCCCUGAGAACAUUGACAGUGAAGGUCCCAAACAGCCCCCUGCUGAGGCUUGGACGUGGCUGGAAGUGAAGGUUGAAUGUAAACGCAAAGCAUAGAUCACACAAGAUAAAAAGGUUCUAACAGCAAGCCAGCACACCGGGCCUUCAGUCAUGUGGCCUUAUGCUGCCAGGUGGCAUCCUGUGUGUACUUAUAGAUUAUAAAGGUGAAACUUGAGAACUUCCUAUCAUAGGGAACACAUGUUGUUUACAUUUUAAAAAAUGAAAAUUUAAGAAAGGCAGCCUAUUGUCUCUUGCAUUUCUGGUGUAGUCAGAAAAAGAGUAUUUUAUGUGAUGCAACAGGUUUGCCUCCAUAGCAGCACAAAGAUGACAAACUUGAUCCAAGACAAACAUGGACUUUGAUAAGUCUUUCAUAAUUUAUUUCUUGUAAUUUUCAGUUAGCAUUUGUAGCAUAUGGCUACUUAACUGGCUUAAAGCUGAGGGGUACCUUUAAAGUCAUGUAAGACUGUCAAUUUAAAGAUGAAAUUUAAGGAACCCAAACCACAGAGUCAGUUAGUGACCAAGUCAGGACUUGAAGCCAGGACUUCUCCUGGUCCCCUGUCACUAGUCAGCAGGCUUUUUGUGGACAUGCUUCCUUCCACAGCUACUCUCCUGUGUGAAACUAUGCCAGCCUGGAUUUUAACACAACCCAAGAGCUGUAGGAACCAUAUUAAAAACAUUUCAUCCCAAAUCUUGACUCAGAUUUCUAAAAUGCAUUGUAAGUGUAAGUAAUAUAUUGGCAAUUAAAAAAUUUCAGAGUCUCUGUGAAAAUAUUAUGUUUUGACUUUGGGUAAGUAAUCAGAAAAGGAAGCAUCCUCAUUCUCUUUUUUUCGGAAAGUAAACAGAAUUUUCGGAAAGUGAAGAGGUAUUUAGCUUGAGUAGCUACAGAAUGGAGGCAGCUUGAUUGUUACAGGAUUUGCGACUUUAAGACCAGGUGAAUUUGGUUAAGCUGUAACUGAGCAAGUUAAAGAAGAUUUGGGUCCCUUUCAGUUUACCCUAGGCACAAAGAGGGUGCCUUCAUCCUACUGUGCAGAUAGCUUCCUUCCAGCCCAUCAGCUUUCUACUUUGGGACCCUUCCUCAGAAGGCAUAGAACCCCAGACUUGGACAAAUGGAUUUUUUGCCUCCCAGACAGCUUCUGUCUAGCAGAUUCACUUCUCCAUGAAAUCCUGUCAGGGAUACCAAACCAGCAAAGUGGAUAAAAAGCUCUGUUUCUCACCAAUUUCCCUCACCUCUUCAUCUUCCAUUCUCCUUAAAAAUAUCCAAACAAAACCCAUAGGUAAGUUAACCCCAAAUCUGUAUGUUUAUGUUUCCCUUAAAUUUAAAACAGUGUAAUUCACACAUUUCAUGCCUCUAAAUUCCUAUGAGCUGCCAGAUCACAGUUGUCCAAGAAAAUUAUUUUAAAUACUAAAGAUGCAUGGCUGUUAAAAAGCUAUUGGUACCAACCAAUAGUGAUUAAAAGUGCAUUUAGAGCAGAAGCAGUGGGAAUUCAGGACAGGAUAUCAACAGUAUGCCUAUCUGCCCUUACUGGAUCCAUGUUAUCUGUCUCUCUAAAUCAAAAGGUCUUAAUUAGCCAUGUAAAGAAAAUUUAUGUAGCCUUCUGUAUCUGUGUGGUGCUAACAUCUUAGCAGUUAGAUGUUUUGAAACUGCCCAGUCUUGCAUGAAGUGGUGGAACUAAAUGUGUUCUUUAAAAUUCCAUGUUGCCGUGAGAACCCAAAAAAGCUAGCAUAAUUAGUUUCAGUAUUUAGUCAAAAGCUAAUGGGAAGAAAUGGAUUAUGGUUUUUCAUCAGAUUAGUUCAGGCAGAUGCGUUCCUUUGUAAACCAAAAAAAAAAAAAAGUAACUCAUGCUGUUCUAAAACUGUGCUGAAAAUGUUCAGUUUUAGAAAGGAAAGAGUGGUUACCUAUUGUGAAUAGAGCAAUGCACUUUAACUUCACACUUUCAUAUUCAGUUUCUGGCACCACCAUGGACUUUUUGUCAUGGACCAGUGGAUCUUUGCCUUGGUUUUGAUCUUUACUGUUCCUGUAUUUUCUAGUUCUCUAUUUUUUGUUAGGCUCUCUAUCACACCUGAACGUACUGAGAGUUUGAUGGCUAAAAUUUAGAAAGUAUAGGCAAGUCUAAUAUGUUGAGAGCUAGACUAUAAUUUCUGAGCCAAACAUUUAAUUUGUAAAUUUGGUUUAAAGACAGCUAAUACUAUUUUUAUAUUGCCAACACAAUUGUGUUACUAGUACCUUGGUGAAUUUUUACAAAUUUGUGCCCAGAGGACACAGUCGUAAUUUCAAAUAGGAUAUUGCCUAGCUCCCAUCACAAAAAAAGCCAUUAUAUGCUUUCCAUUACUAAUUUGAUGGAUGGUAAAUCUUUGCUGUAAUACUGAAAAUUGAAAUCAAGAUACCACCCCAUGAAAACUUUGUAAAUAAAUCAACUCUUGAAUUUCCCUGAAUUUUAUAAUACAUAGUACAUAUUUUCAUGAGUUUGAUCUUUAAAAAAUUGUACUCAAGUUAUCCUUAGUUUUAAAAAGCAGCGGUAAAAUAAUGGACAGAAGUUAAAAUAGCACGGUGGAAUUUUUAAAAGAAUAGUCUAGUUCCUCUUCUACCUUAACCCUUUUAUAAAAUCAGGAAGCUUUUUUCUUUCUAUCUUUCCUUUUUUGUUUUGUUUUGAGCCUGUACAAAGAACUUGUACUGUCCUUUAGGAUUAGAGCCAUAAUCCUAAUUUAGAGGAUGAAUAACUUUGGUUUUCGUCUCCUGGAAUUAUGGAGGAGUCCUAGAGUAAUAGGGGCUGAAGACAACUUGUCAGAGGGGAUUCCUCCCUUCUCAAACUGGAAUCUUCACCAACCUAAAUGGGGCAGGAGUGAAGGGGCUGACAGUCAGUUUUGGGUCUCUCAGGUAAGGCUUUAGGAUUGGUCAGCCAUGGGGGUCACCGUUGUCUUUAGGUUUCUCAAAGCAUUUUUAGUUUUUUUAUUCUAGACCUAUUUAUAUGAUCAUAAGUUUAAAGAAAGCAUUCAUAGUGAUGGCUAAUGGUUAAAAUAUAUUUUUAUGCCUUACACACUAGCCU